ACUUAGCUUAAUAAGGAAAUAACAGAGCGAACAUUUGGAAGAAAGGAACUGCAUGAGAUCAAUGCUUUUGCUUUUGAUACUAUGUGUGGUGACGCUGUCUGUCAAAGGACAAGUUGAACGUGCAGCUAGACAGAAAAGAUUCGACCCUGGUGACUUCGAAAAUGCAGAGACAGAGGAUGAAGUACAAGAGGGCUGUGAACCCGGAUAUAUAGAGAACAGUGAUGGGAGUUGUGCUCAAUGUACCCCGGGUACCUACGCUCCAGAGGAAGGCAGCACGUGUGUAGCAUGUCCGCUAGGAACCUACCAACCCUCAGCAGCCACCACAUCUUGUCUGAAGUGUGAGGAGGGGGCCAGUACUCACAACAUUGGGUCACGCAACAAGGAGGACUGUGUUGUGAGCUGCACUCUGCCUGAUAAAGUUUAUAAAGGAGUACUGAAGGUGGAGGAGGUAGAUCAGGAGGAGGGAGGGACCGUACUACUGGGCACCAAGGUUACACUGUCCUGUAACCAUGGUUACAAGUUCAAUGACUCUGCUCUAUACGAGAUGAGUUGUAAUGAUGCAGCUUCCACUUUCUACAACCAGUGUUACAAGGUGACAGCGCUUCCUGAGGAGGCAGUGUUUGAAAUGAAAGGAGAUAUAGUUAUAGUGACUUGUCGUGUUGAAUCUAGUCACGAUGUUAUCGGCCUACAUCUUGUGCACGACACAUCCAAGUUUAACGUUGAAGCCACGAGUGACAGAGAGUUUGAAGAUGGAGUAGCAGAGCAGAUGUUCAAGUUCACAUCCUCUAAAGGAGCAGUGGGAGAUGUGAGGUGCAUGGCAGAUGUAAAGGAGGACUUCUUCGAGACAAGUAACAACUUUAUCACUGUAGGGCUCCUAGAUGUGUCCAUUACACCUGCAACUCUUGUUAAAGUUGGAGACUUUGUAGCAAUAUCAGCACUUGUCACGUACGACGAGAGACUUAGUGUUGUAUUCAGCUGGACCAAGAACGGGGAGGAGUAUCACACUGUUUCUACUAGCCAGACUCCCGUAUCUAUGGAUGGUUCAACAUUCUUCAAGUCUGAAGCAAGUUUGACGAGUGCUGGUUUUAAUGACGAUGGUAUCUACAAAGUAUUGGUACAAGUGAAGGAUGCUGAAGGAAAAGAUAGAUGGGUUAAAGAGCUACAGACUGAAGUGGCUAUACACGGUUUUAUAAAGCAGCCCUCUGAUGAGGAAGGAGACACUAUCAUUGUAAAUAGUGGUCAGGAAAAUGUUAAGCUAACGUGCGCCUAUCAACGAUUGACUCAUUCGCAGGAUAUACGAUGGGUGGACGAAUCCAACAAACCCUUCCACGAGGACUGGCAAACAUCUGAGGAAGAUGACAAGGUCACCAUAAGUAUCCUGCAAUUCGAGGAGUGGCCACAAGACCUUAGUGAUACUCAAAUAAUGUGUGCUGUCUUCGAUGGUGAUGAUCUCUUGUAUGAAAGCGACCAAAUUUCUCUUCUAUCACAUGAGUACGAAGUACAAAUGGGACCUGAUGUAGACGCGACCCUGGGAGAAGACGCGAAACUGACCUGUACAGCCAGCUCACCGGAACAUUUGGAUCAUCUUCCUACUGUGACAUGGUACAAGAAGAAUGGGGGCAGCGAGGAUCUCUUUCUUGAGGACGGCAAACACUUCAUAACCAAUAACAAGCUGGAUGGCAUCAGCCUCCUCUCUACCCUGACAAUUGCAACAGUAGAUCAGAACGACUUAGGACAGUACUACUGCAUGGCACAAUAUGAGGAACCAGCUUAUAUUGAAGUUAUUGGAGAAGACCUGAUUACACUCAGCGAAGGCUCUGGCGAGGAAAAGUGUGACAUCUUACAACAAAACGUAGAAAAUGGAAAAUUUGUCAAAAAAUCGACGGAUGGAGGUAGAUUGAGAUUCACAGUGGAAUGUGACCCAGGUUACUGGCUCUCAAACAGUAAAGGGAACCUUCUUUACUGCAACUCAACAAUCCUUCCUGAGUGUGAAAGAGUGAUAAUAAAAACAAGCAUUGUUGCACAUAAUGAAGGCAGCCAUCUGGUGCAAGUAUCCUACACAUCCAAAUCAUGGAAUGGUAAUGGAACACUAUGUGAUGAUGGGUGGGACAACAGGGAGGCGGGGAUCAUUUGUAGACAGAACGGGUUUAAGUACGGAAAAGCUAUUUCCUUGGUGACAGACAGAGAAGAUUUUGUCCUGACAGGACUGGAUUGCCCAUGUGACGAAAAAGAAAACCUGGAGCACUGUUCAGCAACAAGAUAUGAAGAUAGUGAACUCCCCUGUCUGCCUGAAGAGACUGCAGGUGUUAGAUGUUACAACCAGUCAACGGAGAUCAUAGGUACAUUCUUGAAGAAAACGGCUUCAAAGAAAAAAGCUUACAAAAUUUUCCUUUCAAUUGAGGUGAACAAAUUUGGUGAACCAUUUGGUCUUACUCGUCUGCAUUCUUCUUCUUUUGAAGUGAAAUCUCAAUCAGUUAAACUUAAAACUGGAAAAGCAAGUGUUAAAGUGAAAGAAGGUGCAGCCUUUGUCACGCUAAUAGCAAAAAAGCCUAAAGGUCAUGGUCGGCCUAAUCCAGAUUGCUUGACAGUGGAGAUGGAGGGACCAGCAAAUGGUCAACACCACGAAUUUGAACAUUGUUUCUAGUAAUUGAGAAAGAAAAAAUUUUUGUAGGCUUGCGUUGUGAGCAAUAAAUUAAUUUCUAUUCUUUCUUGGAUACAAGUUUAGAUCAGUAGAAGAAGUAUAGAAUAUUUUAAAUAAACAAAUCAUGCAUGAAAUGGAUUACUAUGUAAAAGUAAAAGUAAAGUUAGUAAUAAAGUAAAAUUUAAUUCCUUUACACUUUAGUUUCUUUCGCUAAUGAUUGGUAGAUGCAUACAGCAUAGAUCAGUAAGCUGAAUAACACAGCUUUUUGUUUAUUAUCUAGAUGACAGUUGACAAGGUCAAUGAUGUGAAAUCAUAUGGUAUAAAAUAUCGACAGUAACAAUAAUCUCAAUUAAUGGAUAAUGUUUGAAUAUUUACGAAUGAAUUUGUUAAUUGUGCUGUGUUAUGAUUUUGUCUUUGAAAUGU